GAGAACAUUUGAGAAUUUGCCCACAAGGUUAUACUUGCUGUACUAGUGAGAUGGAGGAGAACUUUGCCAACAAGAGCAGGAGUGAAUUUGAAGGCAUGUUGAAGGAGGCCACACGAUCAGUACAAAUAAUCUUCACAGCCCAGUACAAGAACUUUGAUGGUUACUUCCAGGAUUUGUUAAACAAGUCAGAGAAAGCACUUUAUGACACAUUUCCUGGUAUGUAUGGAGACCUUUAUCUCCAGAACGUAAAGCUUUUCAAAGACUUGUAUAGUGAGCUGCGGCAUUAUUAUCGAGGCCCCAACAUCAACUUAGAAGAAGCCCUCAAUGAAUUUUGGACUCGCCUGCUAGAGCGGCUCUUCAAGUUGAUGAAUCCCCAGUACCAGCUUCCGGACGAAUAUAUGGACUGCAUAGUGAAGCACUCGGAACAGCAUAAGCCAUUUGGAGAGGUUCCAAGGGACCUGAAGCUCAAGGCAACAAGGGCCUUUAUUGCAGCCCGUUCCUUUGUGCAGGGACUUGGUGUGGGCAGCGAUGUUGUCAGAAAGGUCUCUCAGGUCCCUCUGAGCCAGUAUUGCAAUCGCGCUAUUAUGAAGUUGAUGUAUUGUGCACACUGCCGGGGCAUGUCAAACAUUAAGCCAUGUAAUAGCUAUUGCCGUAAUGUCUUGAAGGGCUGCCUGGGCAAUCAUGCUGACCUGGACACUGAAUGGAAGAAUAUGAUUGAUUCAUUACUGUUGGUGGCUGAUCGUUUUGAUGGACCAUCUAAUGUAGACAUUGUAAUAGGUACAAUUCAUGCUAGGAUUGCUGAAGCCAUUUCAAACAUGCAAGAAAACAAAGAAUCUAUAACAGCCAAGAUUUUUCAAGGUUGUGGAAAUCCCAAACUCAGUACAAAAGCUGCCAAUGUUGAAGAUAAGAAGAGACGUGGAAAAUAUGUCAUUGAAGAUAAAUCUUCUGGGCUUAGUUCAGAGAAAUUUGUUUCAGAUGCCAAAGGGAAGCUGAGGGAAGUAAGAGACUUCUGGGCUCUUCUGCCAACGACACUUUGCAAUGAAAAAAUAUCAUCUGGUUCUGUAAAUGAGGAUAGGUGCUGGAACGGAAUGACCAAAGGCAGAUACCUUCCAGAUGUGAUGGGAGAUGGUCUAGCUAAUCAGAUCAAUAACCCAGAGGUUGAGGUCGACAUCACCAAACCAGACAUGACUAUUCGCCAGCAAAUCAUGCAGUUGAAGAUUAUGACAAAUCGAUUGCGCAAUGCAUACAAUGGAAAUGAUGUGGAUUUCCAGGAUACAAGUGAUGACAACAGUGGUUCUGGAAGUGGUGAUACCUGCCUGGAUGAAGUCUGUGGCAAAAGAAUGCCCAAGAAUUCUAGCACCCGGCCACCAGAAAUACAUCCUAUGCCUAAACAGUCAGGACAAGGCGUUGGUGGAAAUAACAGCAAUGUACUUUUGCCUUCAUACUUCCUUUUAUUACUUUCUUUGGCUGCUAUAGCAUCCCAGUACCUGUGGCGGUAACUUGUUUGAGCAGCUGCAAAAGAAACUGUAGUGGCUAAGUCUUAACUUUGCCAAAAUGGUGGACAUAUUUAAUUCAACUUGAUUCAACUUGGCAAAAUGAGAGAGAGAGACAAAAGUUCUUUAUGGUUUGUGAUAAUCUGGCAGUGCUAGAGUUGGUUGUUUUUCCUUUUCUUCCUUCCUUCUUUUCUUUCAAAUAUUGGGCCUUUCCUUCUGUCCUCCAUGUAAACCUUUAAUUUGCCAAAAAGAGAUAUACUUAGGGGCUAUGACAGGUAGGUUUAAUGAACAGAAGAAAUAACCCCCCAAGGCAACACCAUUUUCAUUGAUUGGAACAAAAUAUGCAAUAUCUCAUAUUUUUAUUUAACUGUGGCCAAGAGUGCAUUAUAUUUGAUUCAGAACAAUACAUCUCUUUAAUUUAUACAUUUUCAGAGUGCUCUAAAAGGGUUUCAGCUCAGCUCAUAAUUUUCUAUUCACCAAAGGGGAAAGAGUCUUUCCUUUGCUUGGAUGUAAGAGUAUUAUUUUGUAUGAUCUCAGUUAACAAAGGAAUUCUUUAUCCCAGAGUUUGGAAUGACGGUCCUUAAGUUUUUUUUUUCUAAAAGUAAUCAUUGUACUCACUUAUAUUAUUCCCACAUCCAUGGGAAUAGCAGUAAAAGAUAUGUGUAUUGCAGGAUCCUUUGAAAAUAGCUUUCAAAUAAUAAUAAUAUGGAACAGUAUACACAACAUUGUGGUAUAAAGAAAGACAUGGGAGGAUGUCAUUCUAGAAAGCCUACUUUGAGCUAGAGGAAGAAAAACUUCCUAUUAUGAAUAAUAUGACAAGAAUCAAUAUUUACCAAAAGAAUAAUACAAAAAUGUGUUUUCAUGUGUGUGUAUUAUUACUUAUCCUAUAAUCAAAACUAGAGUUUGCAUGAAUUGAUGAACUUAGGGCCAAGUUAGAUACUGUCAAAUAUAUCUAGAAAUUUGUUUAUCAAACUCUCUACUCCCUGAAAUUUUCAAGAAAACCUCUCAGAAUUAUGUUGGUGGAAAGAGUAAGCAGACCAAAACUAUCCAUAUAUUGGCUUAAUUAACGAUGCCUAUCAGAGAGAGAUGUCCAAUCAUAGUUUUACACCAAUGUGUAUCUAUGUGUCGGUGUGUAUUAUAUCAAACGAACCCUACCAUUUUGACUGAAUAAUAGGAAGACCUUGAAAUGAACUUUGAUGUUAAUUUACUUUAUUUCAUAUCAUCGUUUCUCUUUGAGAAGCAAGUGAUGUGAAAGCAUAACUUUCAUUUAAAAUACAUGGGCUUUUCAUAUAUGCUGAAAUGUUUCUAUUCUUAGUCUUAAAGCAAAAAAAAUGAAUUGUUUUUCUUAGGACAGCAGUCAGAGCUAGAAACUAUUAUCAAUUCUGAAACAUUCCUGGUUACAAAUACGGAAACCAUUUCUAGCAUCUUAGCAUUCAAUAGGAUGAAACAGAGAGUAGAAGCAAAUGAAUUCAGUUGAAGGAUUCUGGUUCUAUUUUGUUGAUUACUGGGAAGAAUUAGUUCUUUAAUCAACCCAUUCAGUAUUGAAGGGUCUCCGAGAUUUGAAAACUUAAUUAACAAACAGCAAUGCCAGAAGGAACUCUUUGUAGAAAAAUACACCUAGUUUGGUAUACAUUGUUUAAAUCCUUAUGAGUAAAACAGUACUCUCUUCCACUUUCAUUACUGAUUUGGUCUAUUUAAUACGUUUUUUAUUUUCAGUUACACCAUUCUUAAAAUGAAUGUAUUCGUAAAGAGAAUACAAAUGAGGCGUGGAAAUCAAAUAUCCUGCCUUCUUUGAACACGCCUGAAUGCAAGAGAAAGUGGCAAGUGCCACAUUGAAUUAGUGUUGUAAAUGUAUGUCUGUAAAUACACAAAGAAAUAAACUGCUAUACAUCAUGCAGGGGAAAAAAUAUUUGCCAUUUCCUUCUCUGAAUGAAAAUCUGCCAACUUGCUGGAGAGCUGUAAACUCAAAACAGUUUGGAACCUUUUCUAAGACUCAAACGAUGUGUGAUGUUGACAAUGUAUUGUAUUUUAGAAGCCUGACGCCUCCCUGAAUCUAAAAAAAAAGGAAUAUGACAAAAAAAAUGAGGUGCAAAGUUGAAGGACUGUUCGUGCUUUAAAAAUGAUUUUGAAGAAGUCUUUGUGAUAUGUGGGAACAUGAACACAACACCUCUUCUUUAAGAUAGCUGUAUCAUUUUUCAGGCUUUCCUAUUAACUUGAUAAAGCACAACUCUUUUAAUUAGUUACAUUAGAGAUGCACAUUAGCAUUACUUUAACAGGAUAAUUCAUUAAAACAGCUAGAAGCAUGAAAAAAAGACUGCCACUUUGAAGAUGUGCUGCACAUAUUCCCACACAUUCUGAAGCACCUUUUUAAAAUCAUUGAAGCACACCCAACCCUGGAAAAGAGCAGAGUGGAGAUGGGGAUGUACAUCCUUCUUCACUAGCUGAAAGACCAAAUGAAAUUAAAUUACGGACAGCAAGAAAAAGGAGUAUCCUGCCUUGCAUAUCCUUUAUGCUCUUCAAUCUAGCAUCAUUUUCUGCUUGAUAUAAAAUUGGACAGCCUGAUUUAAAUGAGUCUUCCACCAUUGCCCAUCAUUUGAGCCCCAGUCUUCUGUCAUAGAAUCGUAUUUUUAAGGUUUAUUUUUGUUAUGGCAGUGCUACAUUUUGGUAUUAAAAGCAUUAUGCUACAAGGUGUGAUCUGUUUCAAGUCCCUUGAAAUAGAAAUGAGUCAUGAAUGUAUAACAUAUUUUUUUUCAUGUGCCAUAAUGUCUGUUUCAGAAGGAGAAAAAGGUCAACAGAAGGUUUAACAGCAUUGCUAUUUAUCCUUUCAAUGACAAAAACCUGUUUUUUCUGGUGGGCUUGUUAAGGAGUUAAGAUACAAAUAAAUCCAGACUACAUCUUGGCUUUUAAAAAAGCAAAACAAGUGCAGUUCCAUCUGCAAAAUGUAAGACUUAUUUCACAUUAUCAACAAACUUGAUCAUUUAUAUAUAUAUUUCUUUUGGUUACCAAGUUACUUGUAACUACCUUGCACUGUUGAAUUAUGUUCUUUGAAUUCUUGUAUAAAUAAAAAAGGCUGGAGACUUAAAUAAGUAUGAAUACCAUUUGGAACAGGAUGCUGUAUUCUUUUGCUUUAUAGAAUUUCAACAGUAAUACUGCAGGUCACCAACUGGCUUCAUGAAAACCAGAGUAUGUGUUAGAUCACUCAUAAUAAUAGCAUAGAAAAGUGUUUUGCCCAGUGUGGUGAAAUUCCAUCCCCAGCCAAUCAACGUAACUAUUCCAUAGAUGUCUAUCGUAUCUGAAAGAAAUGGCAUGAAGUUUAUUCAGAAAUAAGGCCAAGUAAAAUUUAGAAUUGCAGGGACAAUGUAAAUACUUGGAGGUAAGAAUGAGUCACUUGUUCUAUGGGUCUACUGUAUGUAAUGCCCCCAGUUUCUGCAAAUGGUAUGGUUUGUUCUGUGGAAAACAAUCUUUUAUUGCAAUGAAUUACAUACUUUGCCA